AUGAGUUCGCCAGAGCAGCAUUUUCGAGAAGCCAUGAAUUACGGUGAUUUUGCUCACGUCUUCUUCGACGCUGACAUCAUUUUCGUGUUCAGUGUGUUUGUCGGCGGUGGCCACAGUGACCGGAGUGGCCAUUUCGGUCGCGUGCACAGUCGGACACCGUGGAAAUGAUCGGAAGACGGACAAGUCGGUGCGCAGUCAAAAGUUGAAGAAGGCGAACAAGGAGCGCAGUCAGCGGAGCAAGAAGAGCAAGAGGAGCUCGCGGAGCAAACGGAGCAAGCCGCAGAAGUUGGUGACGGAGAGCGAUGUGGUCGCGGAGACAAAGAACGGAAACGGCGAAAAAAAGGGCGAGAAGGAGGAGAUGAGCAAGCUGAGGGCCGACGCGCUCGAACGGAUGAAGCCCAAGCCGUUGGUGGUCAGUUUGGAAAACAGUUUUGAAAAAAUUUCACGCAAAAUUUCUCAUUUUCAGUCGCCGAACGCGAAUGUGCACAACUUCGAGUGCAACGAGCCCGGAUGCCAGAAGGGGCAGUGCUCGAAGGAAGCGAGGGAAUCGCAGAGAUUGAUGCGCUCGAAGCGGUCCCAAGUGAAACGCAUCGAUCCGAUUCGACCGGCGGACCAAUCGGAGAAGAAGGUGGUUCAGCCGCCGGAACCGCCGAGGAACGAGCACCGUAGCUCCGAGGAGAACGAGCCGCCGAGCAAGAAGAAGUCGAAGAAGUCGCAGAAAUCGAAGAAGGAGAAAAAGGAGGAGAAGAAGAAGAAGAAGAAGAGCAAGAGCAAAAGUGAAAGUAAGAGCAGAUCGGACAAAUCGAAAAAGGCGAAAAAGGAAGAGGAAGAGAAAGGCGAGAAGACUGGAAAGAGUUACGAGCGGAUCUACGAACCUCUCACUCCGAUGGACGCGCCCUCGGCCGAGAAAGAAUCGGAGCCGCCGCCAGCUCCUCCUCCGGCUCAGACCGACAAGUCCUACCAUCCUUCCUAUCACUUCGAACCCAACACCCAACAGCAUCCGGCUCCGAAAUCGGAGCAUUUGCCGCCGGUCGCAGUCCCUGUCCCCAUUCCGAAAUCUCGUGAAUCCUCGAAGAACCGUCGCAGUGACAUGGCCGACUCGGCGUCUCCGCAGAGAAAGAAGAAGAAAGACAAGGAGAAAGAGGCUUCGAAGAAAUCCUCGGUAAAAUCGUCGAAGAAAAGCAAACGAUCUGUGGAUCGACUCGUCUCGCCGGCCAAAUCCACGCGUCAGACGAAGAAAAAGAAGAAGGAGGAGAAUCGGAAGAAGAAGAAGAAGAGUAGUAGCAAGUCGAAGAGCCGAGAGUCCACCGAAGACGAUCCGAAAACCAAAUGGAAAGAUUCAGAAGACAAGGGACGGGCAAAGACGGAGGAAGAGUCGAAGAGAACGUCGAAGAAACCGACGGCUUCGGCAAUCAAGAGACCGUCGGAAAAGGGGAAAUCGGUGAAGAAGAAGGCGUCGAAACGAUCGGUCACGUCGACAAAAAGCAAAAAGACUAAUCAGUCGGAGAAGAAGAAGAAGAAGAAGUCGCCGUCGAAAGCGAAGAAGACGUCGAGAGAAUCGACAAAGUCGGCGAAAAGUGGAUCGAAACGGUCUUCGGAGUCAUCGAAGAAGCACAAGAAGAAGGUGCCGCCGAAGAUGAUGGCGAGGAAGAAAAGGCCGUCGAGCAGCAGAUCCAUCAGGCGUUAGAGGUACUCGGAAAGUUGAACAUCCUCAACUGAUCUUUUAAUUUUCAGAUGUUCCAGUCGUCUCAUCGCCUUCGAACUCGUUUGUGUGUCUUUUUGUAA